UGCUCCACGAGAUAAGAGCGGAUGAUAAUGCAACGAGUAAAUGCUGCUUUAUAGAAAUCUUUUAAUCAUUCAUUCGAAUCGCGCCUUUUCAUUCGCUUGGCAACACCACGGAAAAUUUACGAACUCUGCCAAGGACAAUACAUUGCAGACGAUACGGAUACAGUGAGGUUAAGUCUAUUUUUAUCGUCUACACUUGCGAAGUGAAACUUAGAAUGGCAAAACUAAUCAUGCAAAUGGCAAAAUACACCACGAGAACAUUUUCCUAUAUUGGUAAAGAUAGUUUACUUACUUCUCCUGUCUCGAAAGUAGCAUUAAGGGUCUCACGCUCCAUCGCCACGACUCGAUGCCUCAACGCCGAAAGAUUAUAUACAGAGAAGCAUGAAUGGAUAACAAUUGAUGGCAAUGUGGGCAUAGUUGGAAUAUCCAACUAUGCACAGGAAUCGCUGGGUGACGUUGUUUACGCACAGCUUCCAGAUGUUGGAUCUGUAAUAGAAAAAGAAGCUGAAUGUGGAGCAUUGGAAUCGGUGAAGGCUGCUUCUGAAUUGUAUAGCCCUGUCAGUGGAAAGAUUAUAGACAAAAAUGAAGCGGUUGAAAAAACACCUGGUUUAGUAAAUUCGUCUUGUUAUGAAAAAGGAUGGUUGUUUAAAGUAGAAUUAAGUAAUGUGGAUGAAAUCAAGAAUCUAAUGGAUGAAAAUGCAUAUAACUUAUACUUAAAGUCUGAUCCACACUAAGCAUGUUACAUUUUCAACAUAUGCGAAGUUACGAUUUAGUCGUAGUUUAAUUUUUAUCUAUCUCUUAGCCAGCUAUUUGUACAAAAAAAAAUAUAUGUCAAAGUUUUUAUUUAUUGUAAAGCAUAAAAUGACAAACAUGUUUGAUUAUGUGUUAAUGGUCAAUGUUUUAUGAAGCGAACUGAUCGAACAAAAUGAGUUUAAGUUAUAGUAGCAUAAUAUAAUGUAAGUAUAUAUCAUAUCUUUGCAAGUACAAAAAGUAUUUUGUUUGUAAAUUAUGCAGAGGCACAAUUGUUUGUGUAACAUUAAGCAACAUGCUUAAUGUAGUACAUGAGGUGUACACGCAAACAUCGUGAAUCAAGAAUAUGAAGCUGAGUGCAGUAGUUAGCUGAUGUCUUUAUUAACCACUGUGCAUUUUCUUAUCUUGUUAUCAUAUUUGUACAAAGCAAACAAAUGUUUUAAUAUACAUGUUAUUCGGUAUACGAAUGACACCAUUGUUGUUACAAAUUAUAGUAAACUUUGUGUUGUACAUAAACGCAUUUAAAUUAUAAUAACUUGUGUAUAUAAAGAAACGAUUGAAUGUUUUGAAAUACUAUUUGUAAAUUUCGGAAAAUUGUCUGUUUAAUAAUUUACGUAGUACCAUCCUGUACCUUCCUUUCGAAAUCUAUCGUACGUCUCACGGACAUCGUACAUAUUUUACAAUAAUACCAAAGACAGGAGUGCAAUAAGGGAAAUAUUAUUGUUUAAAAGGAGUUCAAUCAGUAUAAUAUAUAAAAAAUAGCACUGUCAACCCUAAAAAGGAACAGUUAUUAGUUAAUAAUAAAGAUAUAUUUACAAUCAAUUAUUUUUUUCUACAUAAUUUACAAUUGCCAACUCCUAAUGGCAGUGUUAACAACGCAUAAUAGUUCUUCUUUUAAUGUUAAUUCCAAUUAUUUAUUGGAGCAAAAAAUCACAUCGAUAUUAAAUUAGAUUAUUUGCCAAUUAUAAUUGGUAACUGUACAUAUUUAACACAAUGCUUAUUACACCAGUAUUAUCGUACUUUCUAGUUACAAUUAUCAAUAAACAUGUUGUAACAGAAUCGAGCGGACGAUUAAAUAGGAUGGACACAUACAAAGAUCAUUGAUUUAGGGAUAUAUUUAAAAGAGACAAUUUUCGUUUUUGAGUCAAUUGUGUUUGCGAUUUUUAUAAGUUGUUCCAAAAUUAUCAGACCGACACGUUCUACAAAGAGUCUCCGAGGAUAAAUGAAAUUACAAUAAAUAAAAUAUUACGGUUUUAACUUGUUUUUACCCAAACAGCAACAUGGGAUUAAGUGUAGUUUCAAAGCUUCGUUGGUAAUCGUUAAAAUUUCGACUCAGAUAUAUUAUACAUAUCAUGUACACGUAUAAUCUAAUUUGGAAUAAACAUAGUAAUAACUAAGAUAGUAACAUGGAAAUAUAACAGGUUCAAUACUUGAAUGGAACUUUACAUUCUGUCGUUACGCAUAUUACAGAAGUCGUAGACUUCAAGUCUACAUAGGUAACAUUCAUACAUUCCAUUUAAUUUGCUAUCUGGGUGUCUAUUCUGAGGUAUGUGGUUUACUAAAAAUGUAAAAAUGUAAGACUUAAUACAGUUACAAAGAGGUAGACAUUCAUAUGCGAGUUAAAUAAAAGUAAUCCGUUUUGAAAGUAUUUAAAAGAACUAGAAAGCCAAUAAUAAUGCAAACUGUUUUCCGAUCGAUCGAUUAAAAAGAACCAGGCGAUUUGAAAAUUUGGGAACACGUUAAUACAUUUUGCAUCUAUAUCGAAGAUUUCAAAAAUUUGACCGUGGACACAAAUCUUUACUCACACGAUAAGUACAUGCAUGCUUUCGAAAAUAUAUACGUAUAUAUAUUCUUUCAUGGUAGUAAUACUCGCAGCUACUCCUCCUGGUUUGAUUCAACACUCGAUUCUUAAUCUAAUGUGGCAUCGAGUUUGUUUUUUUUUUUUAUUUUUACAUACAUCAACAAAUUGUUUACAUCUAUAUUUAAUAUCUUAUUACGAAGUCGGUGGAAAAGUGAAAGUAGUAAAAUAGCAUUUUUUCCAGGUACUUCUUUGAUAGAGGAUAUAAACAGUAGGAGUUGCAAAGGGUGGUACUACCAGCCUACCAGUACGAGCAAAGAUUUCUGUUCUUAUUACCACACUUGAGCCUCGAAUCUAGCACGUGUAAUUACCGAUGGCUUAGAUACCACAGGCGUCGAAAAGACAACCUUCACAGCACUGAAAAGUUUCUGACUAUUGACUAAACAAUAAUAAUCUAUUAGUGAAAAAUUACUACGUUCGAUCGCUAUCUUAACAUUCAGUAAAUAUUUAUCUAUUUAACAACUGCGAUAAGACAAUAUUGAUCUUAUAUACUUAGUAAUAAUUGCUAGAUAAUGUAGGACCACAUAAACCUUGCUCCAAUGAUUCUUUUAUUUCUUAAACAGAAUCUUUAUUAUAAUACAAUAUACAAUAAUAAAAUAUCGCAUUUUGUGGUUAUUUUUUUCCGCCACCUAUUUGAAAAAUAAUAAAGAGAAAAAUACAUGAAUAAGAUUCUAAAAUUAGUGAAGACAUUAAGUAGCUAAUGAUUUUUUCUCGGUAAGCAACAGAAAUAUAUUUAUUUUAUUAAACUAUACACAAAAUAUUAUAAUUACAUAUUUAACAUGAUUCAUACUUUACAACAUAAUUGGAAUGUGUUAACUAGUAUUUACAAUAUAGUAGCCCUGCUGUGUGCAAGUGUGACAAAAUGCAGAUUUUUUAUAGGAAGUUCUAAGGAUGCCCAGGUGGCCGUGCGACAUAUAUGUAUAUAUGUAUAUAUAAGUAUAUCACAUGAAAUUUUACUGUCGUUCAAGUAUGCCCAUUGAAUCCCUUGCAGAAGCAUGAUUGACUGGAGAGUCGGCAAUCUUUUUUUUUCGUUCGUUACUAUUAGGAUAUCUUUUUGUUCAAAAUGAGAGCAAGGCUUCAGUGGUAUGCUUAAAAAUAAUCGCUUCUAGUAUUAGAAAAAUAGCUUUACUUAUUUAGACAAAAGUUGCCUGCCCUUUGACCAAUAUUUUGUUAACCACCCUUUGUACUGUUUUCAAGGCAUCUUGCUUACUGUUUCCCUGCGCUUGUACCCACCAACAGGGGUAGUAAUUCUCCAUGGAUACAUCUCUAAAACUUCAACAUCAAAUAUAGAAAAUAUAUGUCAUUAUGUUUAUAUAUUUAGAUACACGUUAUAAUACAUAUAUUAUGUAUAUAUGUAAAGUAUGUACGUCUAUACUUGAUUUGUUUGCAUAGGUAUUUUUUGAACCAGGGCCCCUUAACUUGGUCCAAUACCUAAGCAGCGUUAGCUCUUAGUAGGUACUUGAGGUCCACUUUGACGGU